AUGUCUCCGAUAUUAUCAAAAAAGGCGAAAGUUGCUUUGGCUGUAGGUACAAUCAUAUUAUUAGAAUCAGAAAACAAGAAAAAAUGUGUUUGGGUGAAAGAAUGGCUGCAAAAGAGAGAACAAUUUACUCAUUUGCGAUUAUUGAAAUGUAUCCAAUCAUGUGAACCACUUGAUGUUAUAAAUUACCUCAGAAUGGACUAUGACGCAUUCCAAGAAUUAUUAAUGCUAGUAAAACCUCUGAUAGAAAAGAAGAACACUUUAUUCAGAGAAGCAGUAAGCGUUGAAGAACGUCUGUUGGCCACCUUGAGGUUUCUGGCAACUGUUAUGAAGACUUAA